AUGGAAAACGGUAACCACCGCGCCGCCACCGGCCCUCGCACCGACGACCGUAUCAAGCUCAACGUCGGCGGCAAGCUCUUCGAAACGACCAUAUCCACAAUCCAAGCGGGCGGCCACGACUCUCUGUUAGCCGCCCUCUCGAGCCGGACCUCCGACGACCCGGACCCGGUUUUCAUAGACCGGGACCCGGAGAUCUUCUCCGUCAUACUCUCUCUCCUCCGCUCCGACGGUCUCCCUUCCACGGCUCGCCGAUUCUCCAAGCAAGAACUCACCGAUGAAGCUCUCUACUACGGCAUCGAGUCGCAGCUCAAGUCGGCGAUGCUGCCGCCUCCGCUGUCCGGAAUCGACGCCUCGAUUGUGACGACAGUUCAGCCCGCCUCCGACGGCCUCCCCUCGGCGAUCACAGCCGGCACCGACGGCUCCGUUUGGAUCGCGCACGGCGGUCAAAUCUCCAGCUACGAUUGGAAUCUGAGCCACGCCGGAACGAUCCGUACUCAUCUGGAAGACAUCAACUCGAUUUGCCGAGUGUAUCCCGAAAUCGCCGCCGUGGGAUCCGAAACCGAUCCUGGACUCCACUUCUACGACUUCUCCGGCGUGCGGAAUAUGGGGUCGAUCCACUGGACCGACCCGACCGACCCGAGAAUCUUCAAGGCCCGAGUCACGGCCGUUUCGGACUCGCCGAGCUCAGUCUUCGCCGGUUUCGACUGCCCGCACAGAGAGAACUGCAUCUUAGUGAUCGACAAAUCGACGCUCAAGAUCGUCGGCGAGCUGAGCAGGCAGUCCGGAAGCUCGGCGAAGAACUUGGCCGUCGGAAAGCUGACGUGGCUGCCUGAAACGGGCUUGAUCGUUGGCAGCUCCGUAACUAGCGGCGCGUUCGGGUAUUCGGGUUAUAUCCGGAUGUGGGACCCGAGGUUGAAUGAGGUGGUUUGGGAGACGAACGAGCCAGGCUCGGGGCGGAGCAGUAGGUUCGGGGACUCGUUUGCCGACGUGGAUGUCGACAUUGAGGAGUCGGCAUUGUUCAAGGUGUGUUCAAAGUCUGGAGAUUUGGCAAUGGCAGACUUGCGUAAUUUAGGGGAUGAUCCGUGGGUUUAUUUACAAGAUAAGAAUCCAAGCAUGAGGACUAAGGGGAGUGCGAAUUGUACUAGUGUGAUUCACUGUUACAAAAGCCAAGCCUUUGUGGGAAGAGAUGGUGAAUUGGAGGUUUGGUCUCGGCUUCCGAGAGCGGAAAACAGGGUGGAUAGAGAGAGUGAGGUGUGUGAGGGAUUGUAUAGGAGGAAUUUUGUGGAUAAAGAGGAGGAUGCUCAGAGAGGGAUUAUAAAGAAAAUCGAAGGCGGUGGGAAUAGGCUGUUUGUUGUUAGAGAAGAUGUUGAAGGUAUUGAGGUGUGGGAGAGCUCUCAUUCUUCUGGUGCAGUUUCAGUUUUGUGAAAGCACAAAAGUGAGGGGCCAGUAAAAACAUUUUGGAACAAUUGAUUCUGCAGACUCUUGGUAAGUAUAAUCAUUGUGACAAUGCAAUCACACUUUUAGGGCUGAUUGUUACUUUUCCAUGCCAUUUCAUUUGGUUAUUAUUGAAACUGUAAUCCCGUAUGACUGUGAACAAUGAAAACUAGUAGUAAAUUUAGUUUUCCAUAGGUAUUCUGUGUU